UUCUCACCAAUCAGCAGCCGCAUCUCAAAAUUCGAACGUCUCCUUGCUGAAAAUCGGAUUGAUUGUUUUGCUCUCUGAUUUUAGUUAUUAAAGUAUCUUGUUGAAUCGGUAAUUUGUAUUCUAAAGAGCUAAUCGAUAACCACAUUGAUUCUGAGCCAUGGUAAGGGAACGGGUCCAGAAGAAGUCCUUCCAGCAGAGUCUGGAGGACAUCAAGGAGAGGAUGAAGGAGAAGAGGAACAAACGGCUGGCCAGUGCCUCAGCGCCCAGCAGAGGACGGACCGGUAUGAUGAACAAAAGCAAUGGGACUAACUCUACACACGCCAUCCUGAAAGGUGUCCAACAGAACAACAAGGCGCUGGCCUUAGCCUUGCAGGCUGAAAAGGAGAAAGUGAAGCUGGCCAAUGCAGUGAUUCUGCAGCUGAAAAGGGAACAACAGGCCAUGUUCCUUCACCUACUCCUUCUCAAGCGGAAGCUCAAGGAGCAGGAAGCUUUGGCAGCGAGAGCGUCAGAAGUACAUAUGGAGACUGUGAUGAAACCUGCAGAAAUCCGCAUGGAUUCAGCAAGUAAAACACAGACCAGCCAGAACCUUGAUGGGCCCACUGUGGGCAAAGCCUCUCCCGUUUGUGCAGGUCCUCAGCCCCCUGAAUUUGGCAUGCAGACUUCUUUGCCAUCUACAGUUGGUGUGAGGCGCCGGCAUGCAGAGCAAAGAAGCAGGAGGAGAUCUGAGCACAUGCCAGAACAGAACUUACUGAGUGACGGGGACCUCGUUGUAGGCUUGGGGACUUUAAUAGCAAGUCCUAUUCACUGUGUCGUUAGACAUCCAAAUAAACCAGAUUUAGGAGACCCUACUGAGGCUGAGAAGUUUCAGCACUCUACUCCUGAACGUGUUCUGCCCAGAAAAACCAGCCAGCAGCAGCCAAGCAAGAAACAAGUCCAGCAGCAGCCCCACACCAAACCAGAAUCAGCUGCACGUAAACCCGAGAGAGGUCGCAAACCGGAACGUGUCCCAUUAAAGAAACCUUGGGACAAUCCUAAACCCAGAGCCCGCUCCAAAAGUCGGGACCGUUCAGCCACACGUGCCAAAACAGCACCUCCACCACAGGGUAGUAAGCUCAACACCUCACUGGGAUUUAAUGACACCUUUGACUUCGACUGUGAAGGGACGGUUCAUGUCACACCUUUCAAGGCCAAAACAGAGGACAGUCAGCCAGCCACGCCAGUUAGCGAAGAGCCUCCACAAAGUGAAUCGUCCAAACAGACCGAGCCAAGCUCGUCAUCACCAUCCUCUGAAUCUGAGGACAGCCUAUAUGUUCCUCAGAAGACCAGGAGGAGACGGGCUUCACCUGACAUGAACAAGGUGGUUAUCACACGUAGAGGCCGGCCCUCUAAAGUCAAAGGGAAUGAAAAUGCUGCUCCAAGACAGGAGGUUGCUGUUUUUAGAGACAAAGAGUUGAGUCCCAAAGCUUCAAAGCCUGAAAAGGAAGAAGCUCAUCUCCAUCACGUUCCUGGGUUUUGCUUCUCUAACUGUCCAGACCCUGCAUGCCUGGGACAGGAAAAUCAUAGAGAGCCUCUCAGGGAGGAAAUGGAGGAGGGUUGUUUGCUUCCUGUCAGCCCCCGGGUUGAAGCCGAGAUGCUGAGGAUAGACAAUGUCUUGUCGAAUUUCGGAGAUUCCUCCUGCAAUCCAUCACCUCUUUUACGCCACCAAACUCCUCAAAGAGUUAAAACGUGCAAGAAACGUGGGCUUGGUGUAAGGACAGCAGGGCGAGGCUUGAGUCUGUGUGAUGUGACCAAUAUGUCCCCUGCAGCCUAUCGCAAUUUCUCGGAGGUGCGCUGCUCCACCCCUGUUCCUGCUCGCAAGCGUCGUUGUACCAUUGCGGUGGACUACAAGGAGCCAUCACUAAAUGCGAAACUUCGGCGUGGAGACAAGUUCACAGAUUUGCAGUUCCUUCGCUCUCCUAUUUUCAAGCAAAAGUCUGACAGGAGGUCUAUGCAGAAAGCAGGGACUUCCAUGAGAAGACAGAAGCCAUUUGAGAAAUACAAUGAGUCAUUUGUUGGAUGUCGCUGAAAGCAGCUACCUUGUUUGUCCUCAACUUUUUCCAUCUCUUUGAUUUGACAAAAUGACUGUGAUCAGUUGUAAAAUUUCUGUGACUUUGUUCCUUGCUUAUUGGGUAAAGCUUUGAGCCUCUCUGCUCAUUCUCUCAGUAAGUGUAUACUCUAUGUUUAUAAGAUCUUGAAUGUGAGCUUUACGUGUAUCUACUAGUUUAUGAUGUAACAAUAAACUUAUUUCUUCA